CGCGGAGCGCCGUCUCUGUCUAUCACCGCCCGCACGGUUAUGUGCGAGCGAGCGAGCGGCAGUUUACGUGCCUUGGCGAGGAAUGCGGCGCUCGCGCAGCGCAACCUCCGACGACAACAAGCCAGUCUUUUCGCUCGGCCCCGACGGCCAUCUAGUGUCCGCUCCUACAGUCGGGAGCUAUUCUAUACGGCAUUUGUCAAACUAUGAGUGAAACCUACGUCUCCACAAGUGUUAGUUUAUUGUUGAUAAGUGUUUGAUAUCGUGACGGUUGUCGGCGAGCUUUGUGGCAUGUUUUGUGAAAGUUGACGGAGGUUGUUAAGGAACUUCGGGUGUCUCGCGUAGAUAUAGCAUGGCGGGGUCCGGGGGGACCGAGUGGUCGGAGGGCGCAGCGGUGUGGUUCCAGCCACCCGGCGCCCCCGCGCCCCUCCCCGGCCAGCUGGUGGAGGUGCACCGAGCGGCGCGCGUGCUGCUCGUCAGCGCGGUCGUCAACUCACAGCCCCAAACCUUUGCCCUCCAAAUGGGCACCGGCGACGAAGAGGGCGACCCGGUAUGGCCGCGCGAGGAGCUCGGCCCCACCGGCGUGGAGGACAUGACGCGCCUCCACGACCUGCACGAGGCCGCGCUGCUCUGGAACCUCAAGCUGCGUUACGAGCAGGGGCUCAUCUACACUUACGCCGGCUCCAUACUGGUGGCCGUCAACCCGUACCGGCCCGUGGAUGCGCUGUAUGGACUGCAGACUGCGAGGAGGUACCACGCAGCGGAAGCCCUGGGCGAUCUCCCCCCACACCUGUUUGCCAUAGCCGCGGCUGCGCGCGCAUCUCUGCCGCACCCGCAGGCCAUUCUCAUCUCCGGCGAGUCCGGCGCGGGCAAGACGGAAUCCACCAAACUAGCAGUACAGUUCUUGGCUGCAGUCGCCCCUGCUCCACCAGGCCGAGCGCCCGUCUCCGAGCAGAUUCUCGAGGCAGCACCGCUGCUAGAGGCCUUCGGAAACGCUAGAACACCAAAAAAUCACAAUUCUAGUCGAUUCGGGAAACUUCUAGAACUGUAUUUCAAAGAUGGCGCGCUGGCCGGCGCGCGAGUAGCACAUUAUCUACUUGAGAAGUCGAGAAUAGUCACGCAGUCCCCAGGAGAAAGAAAUUAUCAUGUAUUUUACGAGCUACUCGCUGGUUUAGACGAGGAGCAAAGGAAAGCUAGGGGUCUUCUAUCUGCCGAGCAUUAUUUUUAUUUGAAUCAAGGAGGCGAUUCAGGCGGAGCAGGCGCGGGUGCCGACUGGUCCGCUCUUUGUGGUGCCAUGCAAGUGCUCGGCAUUGGAGACGCCGAACGAGAAGACAUUAUCAGAGUAUUAGCAGCUGUUCUUCACUUAGGAAAUGUUUAUUUUCAUAGAAGACAGCUUCGACAUGGCCAAGAAGGUGUACAGUUAGGUGGUGGGGCUGAGGUGCGUUGGGCGGCACAUCUUCUGAAGGUCCCCGCGGAAGCAAUGGGCAGAGCUCUGACCACCCGAGUGACAGCGGCCCGCGCCGAGCGCAUGAGGUCGCCUUUACCAAUCGAUCAAGCUUUAGACGCCAGAGACGCAUUCGCUAAAGCACUAUACUCAUCAUUAUUCAACUGGUUGGUCCUUCGAAUCAACUCGAUCGUACACCGAGCGGGUCUACACGACGCGCACAGAAUAUCUCUCCUCGAUAUCUUCGGCUUCGAAGACCUGGAAGAGAACUCAUUCGAGCAAUUAUGCAUAAACUUUGCGAACGAAACGCUGCAGCACUAUUUCAACAAACACAUUUUCAAAUUGGAGCAACAAGAGUAUCAGAAAGAGAGGUUGGAGUGGUCAAAUCUCGCGUGGAAUGAUAACUCUCCGGUGAUCCAGCUCCUGAGCAAAAAGCCAGUGGGUAUCCUGCACCUGUUGGACGACGAGAGCAAUUUCCCGCGCGCGUCCGACGCGUCCUUCCUGGAGAAGUGCCAUUACAAUCACGCUCUCAACGAACUGUAUUCGAGACCCAGACUGGGAGCGAGUGAAUUUGGUGUGAAGCAUUAUGCCGGCCAAGUGUGGUACAACGUAGAAGGGUUCCUCGAUAAGAACCGAGACGCGUUGCGCGGCGAUGUGCUGGAGCUACUUUGCUCCAGCGAAGUUCCUUUGGUGGCUGAGAUGAGCGCGCAGCUGCGGGCGCAGCAUGAUGCGAAUAAAACACUUCCACGUGGGGCCAAUGGCCGCUUCGUCACCAUGAAACCAAGGACGCCUACUGUCGCUGCAAGGUUCUCCGACAGCCUGCACCAGCUGCUGGACUCCAUGUCGCGCUGCAACCCCUGGUUCGUGCGCUGCAUCAAGCCCAACACCGACAAGUCGCCCAUGAAGUUCGACAUGCCCUGCGUGCUGGCCCAACUGCGGUACACCGGCAUGCUGGACACCAUCAAGAUCCGGCAGACCGGAUACCCGAUUAGGAUACCGUUCCAGAACUUCGUUGAUAGAUAUCGGUAUUUGCUGAAGUCAACUCCGGCCCGCUCUACGCCGUAUCGAGAGAUAUGCAACUCCAUACUCGCCGAGAUGCCACCCACCGGCGCUGGUGGUGCGGACUACCAGCUCGGCGCAGCGCGCGUGUUCCUACGAGAGGCGCUACACCGAGCGCUAGAGCGUGCGCGCGCAGACAAGCUGCGCGCUGCUGCCACCGCGCUGCAGGCUCGCGCCCGUGGAUUCCUCGCUAGAAAGCGCUACAACGCAAUGCGCACGUCAGCCGUCAAGAUCCAGGCGUUCUGGCGCGGGCGGCGGCAGCGGGCGCGCUUCGUGCGCGCGCGGCGCGGCGUGCUGCGCGCGCAGGCGCUGGUGCGCGGCCGACAAGCGCGCAAGCGAGCCAUGCAUCUGCGCGAGCAGCAGCGGCGGCGGCAGGACCUGCAGAUGCAACAAGCCAAGCGGCGAGCAGCAGAGCAGAAGGCCAAGGCAGAGAGCCUGCAAGUGCUAGAAGUGCCGGCCGAGUUGGCGUUCAUCUUGUCCAAGUUGGACGAGUGGCAGCCGCCGCACUCCGAGAGAAAUAUGGCCAAGGUGGCAGGCGACGUGUACGCCGAAGACGAGCGCAUCCAGCUACCACGAGACUUACAGCAGUUCGCCUUCGCCAAGUUCAGCUCCGUGUACUUCGCGGACGGCGGUCAGCUCAGUCCGCGCAAGCAUCCUAUCUCGAGGCCCUUCCUUGCCAAGGCCGCUGUCAGGGAUCAAGAUUUUAACGAUGCCGUGGCUACGUUCAAACUUAUUUUGAGAUGGUGUGACGAAUCUGCUGCCGGCAACGAAGCUAGACAAAAGAUCUUGGCUGACUACAUAGCGUCCCGAGGCUUAGCCUCCAGAGGCCUACGGGACGAGAUCCUGGUGCAGCUGUGUAACCAGGCCGACGGGGACUCGGCCGAGCGCGUGUGCCAGCUCAUGGCGCACUGCCUGUCGGCCUUCCAGCCCACUCCGCCGCUGCACAAGUAUCUGGUCCGCUUCGUGUCCGAACGUGGUCCCCCGCGCGAGCGGGCGCAGCUGCUCCGCCUGCUCGGCUGCUCGGGCGCCGGCGCGGCGCGCGCGGCCGGCUCCGCGCGGCGAUGCCCUCCUACCUUACUGGAAUGGCGGUCGCAGAAGACUGACGCACGCCCGGCUUUGCCGCUACGGUUAUACGAUGAUUCAGUCCACCACGUGUGCGUGGAUCCGUGGACAUCGUGCGAGCGCGCCGCCGCGGCGGCCCUGGCGGCGGCCGGCGUGGCGCGCCGAGCUACUGGGUGGUCCCUUACGAUGGAGCAUAAUGGACAACUCACCGAAUGGGCGGGCUGCGAGUUCGCAUUAGACGCAGUAGGCGAACUGGAAACUUGGGCAGCGUUACCAACCACCCGCAGCGAGCCGCUCCGAGGCGCCGGGCGCGGCCACACGCCCCCCGCCCCUCCGCCGCGGGCUUCUGUAGAGCCGGAGAGAGCCGAGCGCUCGCCCGCCGCCAGGCCGAUGGUACUCCCACCAGAACCACCAAAAUCACGCUCACCAAGCAUUAGCCGCUUACUCCAAGACUCCAUGGACGACGGCAUGUCGGAAUACACCUGGAAAAUGGAGAGGGAAGAGUCCCACACCCUCACCAAGCACAACGACUACUCCAGAAAAGUCUCCCACGACAUCCUGUCGCGAGAAUCCGCGCUCAACGAGAGAUACUUCGAGCAGAAUUCAGAGAAAAUACGCAGCAGAUCUUUGGAUAAUUUGCUAGGUGACAACCCUGUGCCGCAGCCGACCAAGCUGGCUGAUUUAGGGUUGUCGCAAUCUCGUCUAAACGACCGAUAUCACUCGGUAGAACGACUAGGCGGUGCUCCUAGCGUGUCCAGUAGUAAAGGAGCUAUGGAGAUGGAAUAUGGAACCGGUUCCAGGGUUCUCCCGUCCCGGUAUAUCAAGAGUCAGUACGCGGGCAAGAGGGCGCCUGCCGGCAGUCAGUCUAGUCGCGCUUAUAUUGAGAAGAGCUCGGAAUUUGGCGGUGUCAGGUCUUCAGCAAUGUCAGACACCUCCGAAGCCCCGUCGCUAGCGUCACACGUGCGUCGCGUCCGUGUGCCGUCGCAGGCCUCCGACGUGGACCAGUUCCUGGACGACCUGUUCUCGCCCGUGCUCGACCCCAACAUCGACGAGCUCUCAGACGCGCGCUCCCUCGCCGCCAGCAUCAAGGGAGGCUCAUACAACCAGUUCAUUGACACCGUCCUCAGCUGCGACUACAACGAACAGCUACACGCGUUGGACAACUCUGCAGUGCGCAAGCUGAUCAAAGGAGGUGGCAAGGAAGAUAAAGAGAAAAGCAGCAGAAAGGAAUCCAGCGUAGAUUCUGUCGAUGAUUACAUAACCAAUCUCUUCGACCCGAUCUUCAUGAAUGACAGCUUAAAAAGAUUGACAGAUGGAGAAGGAUUGUCUGGUGCGAUUAAAGGAGGUGGCGUCACGCCUCGAGCGGCCUCGGCUAAUACUUCAGCGCUUAGCUUCAGUGCCAUGUCGCCUAUAUCCAUGCCGGCUACGCCUGAAGCGUUAGCGGCAGCGUUAGGUCUUCAUCUACCACCGUCUGGUACGGUGGACAUGAAUGUAUAUCAUCAGAAUUUGCAGAGGGCCUUCUUACAAAGCGCAAUGGCUCAGAAUCUUCAGAUUCAGCAGCAGCUUUUAGCUCAGAAUCAAGCGUUACAGACCUUGUUAGCAGGUCAGGUCGUUGAACCUUCGGAGUCGGAGCCGACGUCGCCAGUGCGAGCGUCCACAGUUGUUCACGCUCAAGUACAUUCACCUCCCAGGCUGUCAGUGACAAAAUCUAGACGAGAAUCCAAUGAGAGCUCCUCCACGGGCGCUCCACCGCCGCCCCCUCCACCUAUGCCUCCACCGCUCCACGCCACCGACCCCUCCGAAGUCCGCGGCUUCAUGGAUCCCUAUGGCCGCGCAAAAACUGUGCGCAUCGGAAAAUGGCGGUGGCCCCCGCCUAAAGAUGCCAACGGCCAGGACAUAAAUCAAGACUUUACUAAGUUCAAGCUACGUCAAAUACAACGGAGGCAUACUCCGCAGUCGCAGACGAAUGGCGAGCUUGAACCACGUGGCAGAUCGCGGUCGGAUGCCUCACCGAGUAUAGAAUGGGAGGAGUUUGAAGUGGACGGGCCCGUUGUGUCUCCGAGCCGGGAGCCGCCAUCGCAGCGAACGGCAAGAAGGAGUUUCGAGAUCGGCGCUCAGCGCCCUUCGCCUGGAAGCGUUGGCAAGCUAAAACUUAGUUCAGAGAUGAGACAGAGGUUGGAGCGCGUCACAGCUAAUCACUCUGUCCGCAGCACGUCAUCAGCAGCGGAAACUCCGCGCACAGUCAACAAGCUAGAGGACACGAGGAAGUUAAUGUUAGAGCGACAGUUAGGAGGUGGCGCAAGAUGGGACGCUCCUCCACCUCCGUUACCUCCAGCACCGCCCGGCCCGGCGCCGCCUCCGCCGAUGCAACCACCUACACCUCCAGACAGACCCGCACCUCCGCCACCUAUCCCUGAAUCAUCGUCUUUUGCUCAACUUCGUCGUGACCGUGAUACGUUCGGCGUCCAUCAGAAUAGGGAAGCCGACGACAGACACGCGUUCUUAGCCAACUGGAACUCGAGGCGACGAGACGAGCCUGAUUCUGGCUCUCGGGACGAUUUGGCUACUCGUUUCUUAACGGCCGACCGAAGGGAGCACCGCAUUCGUGAUGAAUGGGGCGACGAAUCCGACAUCCGUAGCUUCAACGAUGACAGACAGCAUAGAGACGAGUGGGACUCCGAGUCUGGGUUAGACGCUCACGACAGACGAGACAUGAGAGACAUGCGCGACAACUUCUCUGGUCGUGACGCUUCAGAAAUAUACGAAAUACAUCCGACGAGAGCUGAGCGUCGGAAAGAAAACGGCCAUGAUGAUUUCGACCGCAAACGGUCACCAUACUCCGACGAUUUUGAGAGGUUUGACGGUCGAAAGAAUUCCCGGGAUAUGCUAGUUGGGCGAGCGCGGGAUAGCCCGCGAUCGGACGCAGGAUACAAUGACAAUGACACCGCCAAACGCGCUACGUUCAAGACACAUAUGGCCCAGAAGGAACGGGAUCGAAAGAUGGAGGCGGAGCGAAGGCAUUCCGUAUCAACGCAUGUUACGGAUCGGACGGAACACAUUGAACGUGACGUCCCUGCACCAGCCGCUCUGCUGCCGUCUUCGGACCGCGCCUUCCUCACAUACUCGCGCGUGCCGUGGCGUCUCCGCGUACGCAAGGAGCUGUUCACGCCGAAUGAGACCUACAGCGACCCUGCCGUUCUGGACCUCAUAUACGCGCAGAUCGUGAGCGACAUCACAUCAACGGCCUCAUCUCUCCGCAUCAACGCGAGCGAGCGGCGCGCGGGCGCCGCGUGGCUCCGAGCGGCCGGCGCCUCGCCCGCGCGGCAGGCCAAGAGACAACUCAUAGAGAUGGCCAGGGGGUGGCCGUUCUACUUCGCUAGACUGUUCUCUGCUAGGGUGCCGCCGGGAGAGAGCGCGGUGCUAGCUGUGUCGCAUAAUGGUGUCACUAUUGGAGUCAGAGGGCCGACCGGUCUGACAGUCCGUCGCUCGCUGCCACUAGCGGGUCUCCGCGCCGCGGCGCCCGCACCACAGUCCCUGCAGCUAUCACCCGCUAGGGAACCUCCGCUCACGCUACACGCCCCGCUAGCACAUCACGCGGCUUCACUUAUCUCGGACUUGGCGCAGCAGGCUGACCAGGUCCAACCAAAAGCGAUCACAAAUGGCAUCGCCAAGGACCGCGUGGAGCGCGACGUGAGGGAGCGGAACGAGUCCCGCGAAUCCCGGGACUCUCUCCGGGACAUGCGGGACUCACGGGAAACGCGGGUAACCCGGGAGUCCCGCGACGAGACGGAGCACGCGCCUCGGCACGCGUCGCCCGUCCGCGAACGGGAGAGGGAGAGAGACAGGGAACGGGAGAUGAGGGAGGAUAGAAGAGAGCAAACGACGCCGCAGCAUGACGGGAGGCAUCCGCUGCUGCAGUUCGCUGUUGACCACUUCCGACAGAGCCCUGAACUAGAAAUCCUGAAAGCUGAUUCAUCACUCAAGAGUAAGGCGAAGCGCAACGAAUGGACCUGGAAGGCGCAGACCGACGUGGUGAAAUGGCAGGCGACAGCGCUGCGCGCGCCGCUGCUUCGCCUGCCACCGGCGCUCGCGCCGCCGGCCUUGGAGUGCUUCACGUGUGUGCGGGCUUACUGUGGGGACUUGAACGCUAAUGAGAGAGCUAUGCACCAGGAUUUGACUGAAGUUAAAUGCGUCUAUACAGUGCUUAUGCACUGCCAUUCAGUCCCGGAGCUCCGCGACGAGGUGUACUGCCAGCUGAUGAAGCAGACCACCUCCAACCGGUCCGCGGCGCCCGACUCCUGCCAGCGCGCCUGGCGGCUCAUGUCCAUCCUGGCCGCUUACUUCACAUGCUCUGAUACUUUAAGGCCGUUCCUAGUGGAAUACCUGUCAGCCGCGGCAGCGGACCGGCGGCGGCCGUGCCAAGGCACUGCGGCUGUGUGCCUAGCUAACCUAAGGAAGACGCUCCGCUGCGGCGGACGCAAGAAUGUACCUAGUGUCGAGGAGGUGACGGCGGUGUCGGCGGGGCGGUCGGCGCGGCGCCAGCUGUACCGGCUGCCGGGCGGCGCCGAGCGCGUCGUCAACACGCGCUGCGCCACCGUCGUGCGCGACAUCGUCGACGAGCUGUGCGAGCUGAUCGGCGUGACAAGCGAGGCAGAGCGUCAAGAGUUCUCCCUCUACUGCAUCGUGGCCGGCGACGCGCUCACCAUGCCCCUCGCGGGCGACGAGUAUGUUCUGGACGUGACCACGGAGCUGCAGCGAGCUCAUCAUCCCUUCUACCUCAUCUUCUGCCGCUCCGUGUGGCACCACCCGCUCAGAUCAGACGCUCCUCCACUGUACACAGAGGUGUUGUUCAACCAGGUGGCUCCAGACUACCUGGAAGGCCUACUGCUAGUGCUCCCCGGCGGCGCGGCGCCGGCGGCGGGCGUGCUGCGCGACGUGGCGCUGGUGGCGGCGCUUUUGCACCGCGCGGCGGGGCUGGGCGAGGCCCCGCACGCGCGGGACCUGAAGUUCCUGCUGCCCAAGCCGCUGCUGGCGCUGCGCGAGCCCCGCCCGGCCAAGUGGGCCGCCUGGGUGGCGCAGGAGUGGCCGGCGGCGCGCGCGCUCUCGCCGGCCGCCGCCAAGUCUAAAGUGCUACAGGUCCUAUCCCGCUGGCCGCUGUUCGGCUCAUCGUUCUUCGCAGUGCGCCGCGUCGGCGGUGGCGCACCCAACGAGUGGCGGGAACACGUGCUAGCGCUCAACCGGCGCGGCGUGCACCUGCUGGACGCGCACACGCACGACACCGACACGCACUGGCCCUACGCCGACCUCAUCUCCACCAGGAAGGUCCGGUCUGAAGACGGCACGCUGUUCCUGGACGUGAAAUGCGGCUCGCUCCUGCAGCAGCGAGUAACCCGACUGCAGGCCGAACAGGCUCAUGAAGUCGCGCGACUGGUGCGGCAGUACGUGCAGUUGCAGAGGGACCACAGGCAUCACGAUGGUUUCAACGCAUGAGGCAGUUAGACCAAGCAUGUAAUAAACGGACUCAAGUAAUUAAGUGCAGUGUGUAUAAUAUUUCCAGUAAUUAUAUUACAAACCAAUGCAUAAUAUACAAUGCAUAAUGCUCACCUAACAUUAAACAAUCCGUCCUUAUGGAGAUCUGAACAUCGUAAUGUAAUAAGUAUUGAGGAUAGUAUUUUAUUAUUAUAUGUUUCGUCAGCCGCAAUGCAUGAUCGGUCAGAAUCUCGAAAUAAUUUUAUAUUUAAAGACUCUCGACGUGUUUGUAUAUUAUUGCCUUAUUUCUAUGUAAUGCUCAACUAGCUGGCGUGAACUAAUGUAUGUGCAAUUGUGCAUGCGUCAAAAUCAGACAUUAUGUACCUACAUGAUGACACGACAAGAUGAUAGAAGACAUACAACGAUAGAUGUCAUUCGUUCAGUUCAUUUCAUUCACGCCAGCUUCGAUGAAACGAUCUGUAUGCGCUGCGGCCGCUGCGAUUGAAAUGAGAAUAGGAUUUUAGCACAAAUGUAAUGUUUGUUUACUUCACACCAAAACAAUUCCACGCGUAGAUACCUACUUCUAUUUUCAUUUUAGUCAUAUUUAGUUAAUAUAAUUUACGAGAAGUUUUAAAAGAUUUUUAAUUUAAUUUAGUCAACUUAGGUGAAUGUUUUGCAUAAUCGCAUUCUUGUGUAACCACCAAUGAUUUAAUAUAUUUUAUUCAUACAUUUGUUUUAGCAUAAUGAAAUAUUAUUGCAUGUGUUACAUUCCAAGUAAAUUUUAACAUUCCAACACGUGAACAGGGUGAUAGUGUCAAUCACAAAGUAUUCUCAAAUUAUAUGUUGUAGAUAAUUUUAUUUGUGUUUUGUUUAUGGAAUUCGUAUUAUGUUAUAUAUAGUAUUGUUAUUUCCAUCGACAAAAUUUGGAUCCCACAGUUUACGAAUCUCGAGGUAAAACGAUUGUAUGAUAUUUUGUGCCUUACUCUGUCUUCCUCCUGUUAUAAAGGUGCUAUUUAUGAAGUAGUUCUUUAAAUAUCUGAAAUGAAAUCGACACAAAAAUAAAGUAACGUAAGCAAUAACUCCUUUUUAUAUAUUUUAGGCCGUUUUAGGGUCGGAGUCAUGUAUACUUAUAUUUUAAAAUCAAUUAUUUUGUUGUCAUUAUGUAAUAUAAUUUAAAUAAAUAUUCGAAUUAUGAGAAUGUAAUGUAGAUACCAAUAAAGUAAUAUUUUGAAUA